GCAGAAAUGGCCCGUCUCACCGAGUACCAAGUCAUCGGCCGUAAGCUUCCUUCCGAGGCUGAGCCCACCCCCAAGCUCUUCCGCAUGCGCUUGUUCGCCCCGAACCGCGUCGUUGCCGAGUCUCGUUUCUGGUACUUCAUCAAGAAGGUCUACAAGCUGAAGAAGGCCGCCGGUGAGAUCGUUACUGUCAACGCUAUCGCCGAGAAGCGUCCCCUCAAGGUCAAGAACUUCGGUGUCUGGAUCCGUUACGACUCCCGCUCCGGAACCCACAACAUGUACAAGGAGUACCGUGUUAUGUCCCGUGUCGAGGCCGUCGAGGCUCUCUACCAGGACAUGGCUGCCCGCCACCGUGCUCGCUUCAGGUCCAUCCACAUCAUCCGCGUCGUCGAGCUCCAGAAGACCGAGGAUGUCAAGCGUCCUUACAUCCGCCAGCUCUUGUCCAAGGACCUCAAGUUCCCUCUUCCCCACCGUCUCCCCGCUCAGGCCGGUUUGGGCAAGAAGCUCUUCGCUUCCCGCCGUCCUGCUACUUGGGCUUAA